AAAUCAAGCAUUAAAACCCACAACUAAACAGAAAGCAAAGAUCGAGUGAGCUUACCCUUUAAACUCGUUUCCCUUGCCACUUGUCCUUCUGUUCACUUCGGCCACUAGCUUUCUGAAAUCAAGAUUAGCCCCUUUUGACCAACAAUAGAACCAGAGGAAACCAACGGUCCAGAUCUCCCCUGAUGGCCCAGAUUAACUGCAAGUUUAAAUGUUAAUUCUAGUUACAACAUUUGGGCGAGCGGCUCUGCUUCCUUUUUGGCUCUCUGGGUUCUGCCUCUCCUCUCUUCUCUCUGAGGCGCCUAGUGUUGUUUGUUCCAACUUGAGAGCCCAGAGCAUAAAUUCUAAGCUAUCUGGGUUCUGAAUCGCUGGAUAUCAGAACACCCGCUAGAGUUGGUUAUUGGUUUCAAGCUAUGAUAUAAGUCAAAUGAAGAUACUAAAGGCUGAUGUUGGAGCACUCAACAAUUUUGAAGUGCUCGAAUUCCUAAAAUCUAAAGGGGCUUCCAACAUUGAUAUAGCACGGCUGGCAAAAAUUAAACCAUCUGAGUAUAAGGUUUUCGAUUAUCUGGUUAAUACUCCUGCUGGUACUCACACAAGAGAGAGCGUCCAAGAGUUCAAGGAGAAGUGUAGACAAUCUGACAUUGGGAAUGAUAAGAUCCUCAAUAUUAUUAACACUAGGCCAGCUUCAGUGGUCGAAAUAUAUGCGCUAGUAGAGCUGGUUGCAGAGGUAUUGACUCCUCCGACUGCACCAUCCCUUAAACCAGAAGCAGGUAAUGAUGAGAUUGAUGCAGAGACCAUGAGCGUGGAACCAAUUGAACAAAAUGAUGGCAGUAAAGACUAA